AUGGACUAUUAUCAGCCGACUAGAACUCAUGCUGCCGCCGCCGCCAGCGCUGCACAGAAUCAUCAGCAGUACGUGCAGUACUCCUCGCAGGUACGGUUUGAAAGGGAAAGUUCGAGGAGAAAAAAAAAUAAUAGUUUAUGAAAAAUUGCGCCUUUCUUAGCAACUCCAGAGUGGUCCCUAUAGGGGCCCUUGGAGAGUCCUCUCUAGGACCACAUUACCAACUCCUAUAGGGGCCACUAAUCUUGCAAAAAGUGGUCCUUAAAAUUAAUAAUUUUAUGAACCCUAUACGAAGAAGCAUUUCCACGCGAAAAAUUGAAUAAAUAAGUGUUGUUUAAAUGAAUUGAAAGACCCCUAUAGGGACCACUCAAGCCCUAAAGGUCACGUCCUAAACCCCUUUAGGGACCACCAUGAUUUUGCCCCUGUAGGGACCCCUUUUCGGUUUGAAAAGGGAAGUUUCAAAAUACGUGAAGUGUGUAGAAGAAACUAGUUUAUUACAAAUUUUGCUCUUUUUUUCUGAAUUUUUUUAAUUUUUUUACAUAAGACGUAAAAUUUAACAGAAUAUAGUCAUUUUUUUGAACUAAAAACUAGCUUUUUCCGGCUUUUUAAAAUUCUCGGUAAAAAAAUUCUUAUACAAAUCAUUUUUUUCUGCCUGCCAUACAUGGAAAUAGACCAAAAAAACCAGCCGAAAAAAAAAUUUUUUUCAAAAAAAUAUAAAAUUUUUCCUUUCAUGAAACUCUUCAUAAAAAUUUUUUUACAGUUUUUAGGUCAUUCUGAGAAACGAAAGUAUACUUUCUGAAAUUUUUUUUCAAACCAUUAAUUACUCUUCUGGUUAGAUGAAAAUUGCCGAAAUGUCAUACUAAAGGCAUUUUCAACCUUUUAACAAAUGUCAUAGUUUUCUACCCUGUAAUUAUCAAUUUGACAAGUUUUCAUCGAAAAUUGCCAGUUUCAGGGUCCGCAGAGCGGCUCGAACUCGCACAUGUACUACCAGCAGCCGACGUUGCCCACGCAAUCCCAGCAGAACCACUACUCACACUUUACCAUUCAGCCCGCUUCAGCCAACUCGCCGCUUGAUCAUGGUAAUCAUUUUAUUUAUGGGAAAAUUAAAGGUAAAAGGUAAAAAUUAAGAAGAAAAAUCGAGAAAAGCCUCCUGUUUCAGCAAAAUUUCAAGGUCUCCUUCCUGUUUUCUUAGGAACUCCAGAGGGACCCCUGUAGGAGCAACCUUAGGUACCACUUCACCAACCUCUAGAGGGGGCAAUAAAGCUUGAAAAAAAUGGUCCAUUUAGGAAUGCGAAGAAGCGUUUCCAUGAGAAAAACUGAAUAGACAAGUGUUUUUUGAAGGAAAUUGAGAGACCCCUAUAGGGACCACUUGAGCUUCAGGACCAAGGGGUAAGAUCCUGAACCCUCUAGGGACCACCUUAACUCUACCCCUGUAGGAACCACCUUGGUUCUACCCCUGUAGGGACCACUCUGGAAUCCCUACGAGGUUUUCUGAUUGUUUUCAAUGGUCCUGAAAAAAUUUAUAGUGGCCACUAUAGGGUUUUGACGUUUUAGUGGCCACUAUAGAGGUCUAAGUGCUACUACUAGACCACUAAACAUUUUAGUGGCCACUUUAGGGGUCAAUGGAUCAAUAUAACUGGACCAAUCUGUCUGUUUUGAAACUAUCAGAGUUACUGGAAGGAAUACUGUAUGAAAAACCACUGAAGUGGCCACUAAAACGGAAAAUAGUGGCCACUAUAGAGGUGGGUUUAGUGGCCACUUUAGUGUCCUCUCCAAGUUGUCCUUGGCGAGCCUCUAUAGUGGCCCAAAGCUCUAAGGAGAACCUAUAAAUUCAGAAUUCAAUGACUGAGUUCUAAAGUUUGAAGCAAAAUAAAAAUCUCGAUUUUUUUUUGCAGGUGCCCAGCAUCAACACAACACCUCUUCUCAUCAGUACCACAGCGCCACCGGCCACGGACAUCAGCAGGCUCAGCAGCACGCCGCCGCCCAAGCUCAAGCCCAAGCCCAGCAGCACCAGGCCCAGCAGCAUCAAGCUCAAGCCCAGCACCAUCAUCAGGCCCAUCAGCAGCACCAUCCCAACACGACCCUCCAGUCGCUCCAGCAUCUCCAACAGCAGCAGCAGCAGCAACACGCCCAUCAGUCGCGUCGUCCCACGACCACCGGCGUCGUCCCGAGAAGCGUUGAGAAUGUCGUCGCCCCGCCGACUCAAGUCCGGAUUUGAAGAGUUUACGUAGCUAAGGGAAAAUGAUAGGAUAUCGAGAAAAAUCAUGAAAAAGAGCUAGUUGAAAGUGAAUCACUAAAGGGAUAACUUUAGAACUGAAAGAUUUUUUUUUCGUUUUUAGGAAUUUUCAAUAGUUCUAUUAACAUAUUUAGGGACUAACUUAGGGUUCCUUUAGGGGCUAACUUAGGGACCCUUUAGGGGCUAACUUAGGGUUCCUUUAGGGGCUAACUUAGGGACCCUUUAGGAGCUAACUUAGGGACCCUUUAGGAGCUAACUUAGGGUUCCUUUAGGGGCUAACUUAGGGUUCCUUUAGGGGCUAACUUAGGGACCCUUUAGGAGCUAACUUAGGGUUACUUUAGGGGCUAACUUAGGGUUCCUUUAGGGGCUAACUUAGGGACCCUUCAGGGGCUACUUUAGGGUUCUUUUAGGGUCUAACUUAGGGUUCCUCUAGGGGCUAACUUAGGGACCCUUUAGGAGCUAACUUAGGGUUCCUUUAGGGGCUAACUUAGGGACCCUUUAGGGGCUAACUUAGGGACCCUUCAGGGGCUACUUUAGGGUUCUUUUAGGGUCUAACUUAGGGUUCCUCUAGGGGCUAACUUAGGGACCCUUUAGGAGCUAACUUAGGGUUCCUUUUAGGGGCUAACUUAGGGACCCUUUAGGGGCUAACUUAGGGACCCUUUAGGGAGCUAACUUAGGGACCCUUUAGGAGCUAAAUUAGGGUUCCUUUAGGGGCUAACUUAGGGUUCCUUUAGGGGCUAACUUAGGGUUCCUUUAGGGGCUAACUUAGGGUUCCUUUAGGGGCUAACUUAGGGUUCCUUUAGGGGCUAACAUAGGGACCCUUUAGGAGCUAACUUAGGGUUCCUUUAGGGGCUACUUUAGGGUUCUUUUAGGGUCUAACUUAGGGUUCCUCUAGGGGCUAACUUAGGGACCCUUUAGGAGCUAACUUAGGGUUCCUUUAGGGGCUACUUUAGGGUUCUUUUAGGGUCUAACUUAGGGUUCCUCUAGGGGCUAACUUAGGGACCCUUUAGGAGCUAACUUAGGGUUCCUUUAGGGGCUAACUUAGGGACCCUUUAGGGGCUAACUUAGGGACCCUUCAGGGGCUACUUUAGGGUUCUUUUAGGGUCUAACUUAGGGUUCCUCUAGGGGCUAACUUAGGGACCCUUUAGGAGCUAACUUAGGGUUCCUUUAGGGGCUAACUUAGGGACCCUUUAGGGGCUAACUUAGGGACCCUUUAGGAGCUAACUUAGGGACCCUUUAGGAGCUAAAUUAGGGUUCCUUUAGGGGCUAACUUAGGGUUCCUUUAGGGGCUAACUUAGGGUUCCUUUAGGGGCUAACUUAGGGACCCUUUAGGAGCUAACUUAGGGUUCCUUUAGGGGCUAACUUAGGGACCCUUCAGGGGCUACUUUAGGGUUCUUUUAGGGUCUAACUUAGGGUUCCUCUAGGGGCUAACUUAGGGACCCUUUAGGAGCUAACUUAGGGUUCCUUUAGGGGCUACUUUAGGGUUCUUUUAGGGUCUAACUUAGGGUUCCUCUAGGGGCUAACUUAGGGACCCUUUAGGAGCUAACUUAGGGUUCCUUUAGGGGCUAACUUAGGGUUCCCCCUUCAGGAGAGAUAAGGUAUAUUUCCCUUAAACUGAGCUUAUGUCCAGUUUUGAACAGAAAAAUUCGCCCAAAAUUGCAAAAAUGAAUGAAAAAAUGUGUCCAUUUACGUUUUUGAUAAUGAAAUUGCUUCAUUUCAAUGAAAUUUGCAGUUUAAAAUCAAGAUUUUCGGCGAUUUUUAAAAAUUAUUUUCGCUUCAGGACCUCCCACUCCGCAUCGUGAUCGACUCUCGCUACGUUGGCGCCAUAAUCGGCUCUGGCGGUGCGAAUAUCCGCGAAAUCACCAAGGAAUCCCGGGCCCGCGUCGUCGUCGACGUGCAGAGAACGAUGAAGGACGCCCAUGGAAACACGGAAAAAGUGCAUUUUUGUGUCGCGAAAUCCCCCGUUUUCAUGAUGAAAUAUUCAAGAUUAUCUCGAUCAUCGGGUCGCUCGAGUGCUGCUCCAAGGCCUGCGUCAAGAUCAUGGAAGUCGUCCACCGCGAACUGGGCAAGGACGAGAACAAAUUGUAGAUGAACUUGGAAAUUGAAAAAAUAACCUUUUCUUGAAGGAACAACGAGGUGGAGCUGAAGAUUCGGGCCCAUAAUCAGUUGGUCGGACGGCUGAUCGGAAAACAAGGCGCCACGAUCAAGAAGAUCAUGAACGAGACCAGCACCAAUAUUUCGGUUUCCAAGUGAGUUUUUAAGGGUUUUCAUUUAUUUUCAGAUUGGAAAUAUGUUUUUGAUACUUGCUGUUUUUCAACUUUGGAAGUCCAGGGUAGCCCCUAUAGGGGUUAAGGGAAAAACAGCCCUAUGGCGGCCGAAAAAGUGGUCCCUAUAGGGGUUCAAGAUCUGACCCCUUAGCCCCCGAAGCUUAAGUGGACCCUAUAGGGGUCUCUCAAUUUCACUCAAAAAACGCUUAUUUAUUCUUUUUUUCCCAUGGAGAUGUUUCUUCGCAUAGAGCUCAUAACAAUUAUCGACUUUCUCCCCUAAAGGGGCCACUAACUAAAACCCCUAUGGGGACCACUUGCAAGCUUUUGUGGUCCCUAGAGAGGCCCCUCCAAGGGUCCCUAAGGUUUUCCCUAUAGUGACCAUUCUGUAGUUGACCUUUUUGAUUGAAAAUUAGGUUAUGAUGGGAAAAAUUGAAUUUAGAUAGUUUUAUGGUGGUUUUUGAUAUUGAAGCUCCGUUGUAAGAGCCUCAAAAAAAUUAGAAGACCCCAAAAUGUUUUUUUUGUGCUUUCAGUAGUAAAGGUAGUUUCACUUAGCCUAGGGCCUUUCCCAAGUUUCAAUUUACUUUUCCUUACUUUAUGGUAAGGGUCCUAAAACGAUGAGCUACAGUAACUGGAAGAGCUUGAGUUUUUUUGAGUUUCAAAAUUGAAUUUAUUCUAUCAAUAUUUUUUUAACUAAACAAUUUGGUAACUAAAGAAAAGUUUUUUUCUCAUCAAAAAGUUUAACUAGGAAAUGCCACAAGUAUGUUUUUCAGAGGUAUUUUUUUGUCACUUGAAAUGGAAGAAAAAGUAGGAUUUGUAAUAAAAUUUCAAAGUUUAUUGAUGAUUUUUCCAGCGAGCAAAACAACCGAAGUGCCGAAUUUCCGCCGUUCGGCGCCCCCUACGGCGACGUCUUCCUUCAACUCGAACGGACCAUUACCAUCAAAGGAGCUUCCAUUGAAAAUGUAUUUAAAUAUACCUUUUUUGGAGAGUAAAGGGUAAAAUUGAGGUAUCGAGCGCCGAGCAGAAAGUUUCGGCAAAGCUCCGUCAAAGCUACGAGUUGGAUCUGCAGAACAGGGUGAGGAUUUUCUGAAGCCCUCGAAUUUUUAGUGAUUUUUUUUCUUGAAAAUCCAUGUCUAUAGUGAAAGUGAGAGCAUGUACAGUAAGAGAAAAAUAUAAAACAAUAAAAGUUUUGAAAAUCGGAUGAUACUUAUAAGGAAGGAAAAUUCUAAUUUUUGGAAAACUGACAAGAUUUUUUUCUUAAUGGUCCUGAUUCUGAAAAUCCAGCCUUCAAGGAUUCUCUAUUUUUUGAAAAAAGGCCUUCCAGGUUCUGGAGGUGUUCUUGGAAAUUCUAGAAGGUAACUUAUUAAUCCAGUUCAAGGGCUUAAAGCUUCUAUUUUAAGAAAACUGGGUAAAAAGAGGUUUUGGCGCCUUUUAGGCGAUAUAAAUUUAUUAAAAGAGUUUACCUUUUUCUUUGGAUCAAGGUUUUUUUUACUUAGCCGAGGAGUGCAGCUUUUUUUUUCUAGGAGAAUUGAAUUAUUUCAGAUCUCCCUGCAAGGAAUCCAAGGCAACCCGAUGAUGCCCGGAAUCAUGGGCCCCGUCGCGGAUCCCUACGCUCUGCUCCACAAUCAGCCACGGAUGCCUUCCAUGUCGCAGCAGAUCAAAACGACUCGCAUGUGGGUCCCGAAUAACAUGGUCGGCGCUAUCAUUGGAUCCAAGGUUUGUGGAAAAUGGUGGACGUAAAAAAAACGCUGAGAAAGUUAGUAGGGCCCAUACACCGGCUUGAUUCCACCCCAGCCUUCUAAUUAAGUAGGCCGCACUUUUUGCGGGGUAGGCCGCUUUUGAAAAAAUUUAUUUUUUUUGGUUUUUUUCUUUGAAAUGAGUUUUCUACUUGAAACUAGGGAAAAAAAAAACGAUAAUAUCCAAAGUUGAGAGUUUUCUAGAACUUUACCUUAUUACUUACUUACUUACUUACUUAGAUGGUCCAUCUUCGCUUUCGACCUUUUAUUGCCUUUUAGUGCCUUUUAUUGAUCGAAGCGUGGACCACACGUUUUCCAGGAGAUCUUAUGCAAUCGGUCAUCCAGUGUUGUCGUCCUGGUUGACUGGUAUUCUUGCGAAAAAGUUCCAUCCGUGGUCUUGAACGUGUUAUAGCAUAAUUGUGGUCUUAUUAUCCUUUUUGCCUUGCCAGGGCUAAAAAAGACCGCCCAUUCUGUUAGCAGAAGCAAGCCGAAUUGCGUGACCGGUGUACCGUUAGCCGCCAUAAAUGGCGUUGUCUCCUCAUCACCGCGUAGAGGUGGUACUUGAAGGGGUUUACCUUAUUGGUCGGCUUGAAAUACCUAGAACUGGGUUGGGGUCCAGCCAAUGUAUAACCGUGAGGAACAAGAAUAUCCAAUUUUUUAUUAAAUCUUUCGAAAAACCCUAAAACGUCCCUAGAAACCACGAAAAAAGAAGACCCAUUCCAGGGAGCCAACAUCCGGAACAUCAUGCGCAACUCGGGCGCCAACAUUCGCAUCGACGGCGGCGACAAGAAGAAGGAGGACGCGAAGAAGCCCGGCGAGGAGUCGCAGAACUCCGACUCGAAAGACGAACACCACCAUCUGCUCGACGACUCCACCGCCGGCGACAGCAGCACGUUCAGCGCCGAGAAGAGCAGCGACGAGGAGAAGGGCCAGCCCGGGUCUCCUGGCGGCAUCGAGAAAAAGGUGCGGGAUCGGGAAAAUGAAGGGAAGAGCUCAGAGGAGAAAAAAAAAUAUUUUUUUCUUCCUGUUAAUGCCAAGGAAACAGUUGGAAGAGGGUAGAAAAUUUGGGAAUUUCAUUUAAAAAAAAAUGCGUAUUAGUCCGUUUUCCGCAACUUGAAAGGGCGGGACUUCUCUGCACCCUCCUCGUCUCUCGACGUCUCUCUCAUGUUUACGUACUAUUUCCAUGUUUCUCUGACCUCUGUCAGGUCGCGCGAACGGACUAUAACUGCAUUCGGAUUUUCAUAGCCUUCUGGUCGUUUCUGCUUAAUUUCAAAACCAGCGGCUUUCAUUUGAAAUUUAGGAAAUUUUGACCAGAAUUAGAGUUUUGGAAACACUUCCGAGGGCUCGUAAAAGUCGCGUUUUUUAAAGAUUAUGUGAAUUUUCGAAAAUUUCAAACUUUGAGGAGAAGAUUAUUAUCGCCGAAGAAGCAGGAGUAUUUGACAGUAGAAAAUUGAUGCUGUUAACGACUUUUCCUUUUGAGACCUUUAUAAAUCUCGUCAUUCUCCUUCAAAUACUGUAGAAAGGAUCAUAACCCUCUGGUAUACUUGGAAAUCAACGGCUUUAAUUUUAAUGUUAGAAAAUUUUUAGCAAAUGGAAAAAAGUUAUAAGAUGGAUCAGUAAAAAGGGCAAGUUAUUUAAAAAAAUUAAGUGAAUUUUCGAAAUUAAUAACUUUUUGAAAAAUUGAAGAAGAUCCUGGUUAUCCUCGCUGAAGUAGCAGAGUGAUUCGAUUAUCAAAAAAUGAUACUCUAAACGAUUUUUCACUUUGAGACCUUUGUUAGAUUCCCCUAUGCUCCUUUAAAAACUCUAGCAGAGUUCACGAACUUUUUUCAAUCAAUAAAAGUUAUUCUGAUUUUUUUUGUCUAUCUAUGAAAUUUUUAUUUUAUUGAUUUUUUUUUUUAGGAAGAUGACCGUCUCAUCACAAUCACUGGUAGCGACAUCCAACAGUAUCGGGCUCAGUUUUGGAUUUUCACGCGUGUCGCAGAACAGGAUCAGAAGGGUAUUGAAGAGGUUCGUUAUAUGAUUUUCGUAUGGUCUCAGCUCAAAGUGGGACUUCUGAAGAAUAACUUCACUAGAUGUAGUUUUUCACGCUGAUUCCGAAUCUGUCUUCAAAAGUUGCCAGAGAGGUCUGUGAAAAAAGUUAGGGGCUCUCAAAGUCGAAAUCUAUUGAACUCACGCUUAUAAAGAAGUUCCAAUAUGAUCUUACAGGUUGAGAGGGAAAAAAUAAUUGCGAAAAUGAACAAAAAGAAAGAUCCCUGUUUCAGAUUAAACUCCGCACCGAGGUGACGGUGCCAUCACGUGUAGUCGGCCGAAUCAUCGGCAAAGGCGGGCAAAAUGUUCGCGAGCUUCAGCGAAUCACGGGAGCUUCGGUUAAUGUCCGUGUUUUAAUAAUUUUUCAAAAAAAAGGUCCUUCUGACGAUUUUUUAGGAAAUUCCCAGUGAUAUGAGCUUCCUUGUAAGGUCCUUUAAUGCACCUUGAAACACUGACUUUGUUGAUUCCCUUUGGAAUUUGAUUGAAAAAUAAUUUAACCAAAAAAAAAUGCGUCAUUUUGGGAAAUUAUGACGUGUCUGCGCUCUCUCCUCUCUAUUUUGAUAGGUCAUAGAAAUAGCGAAAUAGCGCGUAAACAAGGGAGUGUGGUAGAGAAGUUGUGGGCUUGUCCAAGGAAGAAAGAAGUAAGAAAAUAGCCUAAACGGAUUUAUUUUCAAAAAUAUUCACUGAGCUCUUUGAAAAAAAAAAUCAACUUUGAUCUUUCCAGGUAAAAAUUCCCGAUGAGGACAGAAAUGCGGGUGCUAGCGCUGAUCAUUCGGCUAGGGAAGGUGCGAUUUUUCAAUUUCCCCUUCCAAAAAAUCAUUCUCCAUUUCUUAGACGAGGAAAACACGACGGUGCGAAUAGUUGGAACGGUGCAGGCUUCUCAGAACGUUCAGAUGCGUCUGGGACAGCUGAUCAACGAGUUCCAGCGCGCUAAUAUUCACGACGGCCGUAAGAGGCAUGAAGGUACGGUUUGAAACAAAAUAAAUCAUUUUGAGGAAUGGGAAAUGAUAUUUUUAUCAGAAAAAUCAUUAAAAAAGCGCUUUGUAGUAGAAAUGCGUGUUUUAAGAAAAAUUUUCACUUGCACCCGGCUAAAAACGGGUUGCGCCGAGUUAUCUUAUCGUACGCGACGCUAUUUGGGCCAGGAAAAUAGGAAAUGUUAGAUUUUUGUUGUCCCUUGUAACUCAGAUACGUUGCUUUGAUAAAAGCUUAAUGUAAGUUUUUGCACCCGACCCAAAGGGUUUUCGCUGGAUCAUAUCAAAAAGAGCAGAAGCUCGAUUUCUUUAUAAUUGAACCAUUCCAAAUACGGUCACAAAAAUCUUGAAGUUCGAGUUUUUUAUGAUUUAGACAUUCCAAAUGCGGCCACAGAGCUUCAAAUUCAAGUUCUUUAUAACUGAGACAUUCCAAAUGCGGCCACAAAGCUUUAAGUUCAAGUCCUUUGUAAUUAAGACAUUCCAAAUGCGGCCACAAAGCUUCAAGUUCAUGUUUUUUUUUAUAAUUGGGACAUUCCAAAUGCGGCCACAAAGCUUCAAAUUCAAGUUCUUUAUAAUUGAGACAUUCCAAAUGCGGCCACAAAGCUUCAAAUUCAAGUUCUUUAUAACUGAGACAUUCCAAAUGCGGCCACAAAGCUUUAAAAUCAAGUCCUUUGUAAUUAAGACAUUCCAAAUGCGGCCACAAAGCUUCAAAUUCAAGUUCUUUGUAAUUGAGACAUUCCAAAUGCGGCCACAAAGCUUCAAAUUCAAGUUCUUUGUAAUUGAGACAUUCCAAAUGCGGCCAAAACGCUUCAAGUUCAAGUUCUUUAUAAUUGAGACAUUCCAAAUGCGGCCACAAAUCUUCAAGUUCCAACUAAAAAAGUCAAAUAAAUCACGAAAAAUUCAAAAAAAUUUAUUUCAGGACGCAAAAACUCGCCUCCGUCCAAUCAUUCGGACUAG